UCCGAGUUUCCCGGAUGUAGUCGGACGGCGGUAGUGUUGGGAGCUGGAGCUGUAGCUGAAGGGAGGGAGGAGGAGGUGUUGGCGGCGGCGGAGGGCGAGCGAGCGAGCGAGCGAAGGCGGCCAGUGGCAGCAGCGGAGGGGACACCGCCGCCUUGUGCCUCCCGCGCUCCGCUGCGCGUGUGUGUCCGUCCUGCGGGGGCGCCUCUCCUUCUCGCUGGUGCGGAGAGGAGGAGAUGGGCCCGUGAGCGCUGCUUCCCCUCACAGCCGAGCUGCCUGAGCCGCCCCUCCUCCGCCUCCUCCUCCCUCCCUCCCCCUCCUCCUCCUCUUCCCUGUCCCCGGUCGGAGCGCUGCCUCCCCCUCCCCCCUCGGCGGCGCCCGUGGCCCGGCCGCGCCCUCCUGGUCCCCUCAGUCUCUCACACACAGGCCGGGCAUUGAUGGUAAUGUAUGCGAGGAAUAAGCAAAGACUCAAUGAUGGCUGUCACGACCGCAAGGGGGACUCGCAGCCCUACCAGGCUCUUAAAUACUCAUCAAAGAGUCACCCCAGUGGUGGUGAUCACCGGCAUGACAAGAUGCGAGACACCACAGACCCUUCACCACCAAAUAAAAUGUUGCGGAGAUCUGAUAGCCCUGAAAACAAGUAUGGUGACAACACUGGACACAGUAAAGCUAAAAGCAUGCAUACUCACAGAGUUAGAGAAAGGGAUGGUGGGACCAGUUAUUCUCCACAAGAAAAUUCUCAUAACCAUAGUGCUCUUCAUAGCUCAAAUUCACACUCUUCUAAUCCUAGCAAUAAUCCAAGUAAAACAUCAGAUGCAUCCUAUGAUUCUGCAGAUGACUGGUCUGAGCACAUUAGUUCUUCUGGCAAAAAGUACUACUAUAACUGCCGAACAGAAGUUUCCCAGUGGGAAAAACCAAAAGAAUGGCUUGAAAGAGAGCAGAGACAAAAAGAAGCAAGCAAAAUAUCUGUCAACAGUUUCCCAAAAGACAGAGAUUACAGGAGAGAGGUGAUGCAGGCAGCUGCUGCUAGUGGGUUUGCUAGUGGAAUGGAAGAGAAGCAUUCCAGUGAUGCCGCUAAUAUGCUCCCACAGAAUAUUUUGUCUCAGACAAGCAGACACAAUGACAGAGACUACAGACUGCCAAGAACAGAGACUCACAGUAGUUCUACCCCAGUACAACAUCCCAUCAAAACAGUGGUUCAUCCAUCUACUACCCCAAGUUCUGUUCCACCUAGUCCAUUUUCUCUACAGUCUGACCACCAGCCAAAGAAAUCGUUUGAUGCAAAUGGAGCAUCUUCCUUAUCGAAACUGCCUACACCCACCUCUUCCAUCCCUUCACAGAAAACUGAGAGAAAAAGUUUGUCAGAAUCUAUGUCAAUGGACAAAUCUCUAUCCCACUCGUGCACAACUCCUUCCACAUCAUCUGCUUCUGGGCUGAAUCCAGCUUCUGCACCAACUUCAUCGGCUUCAACAGUUCCUGUUUCACCUGUCUCACAAUCCCCAAUUCCUCCAUUACUUCAGGACCCAAAUCUCCUUCGACAGUUACUACCUGCUCUUCAAGCCACAUUGCAGCUUAACAAUUCAAGUGUAGAUAUAUCCAAAAUAAAUGAAGUUCUUACAGCUGCUGUGACACAAGCUUCUCUACAAUCUAUACUUCAUAAAAUUCUCACCGCUGGACCAUCUGCUUUUAAUAUAACUUCCCUGAUUUCUCAAGCAGCACAGCUUUCCACACAAGCUCAGCCAUCUAAUCAGUCCCCAAUGUCUUUAACAUCGGAUGCCUCAUCACCAAGGUCAUACGUAUCUCCAAGGAUAAGCACGCCUCAGACUAACACAGUUCCUCUGAAACCUUUGAUAAAUACACCCCCUGUAUCCUCACAGCCAAAGGUUACUACUUCAGGUGUUAAGCAAGGACCAGUUUCACAGUCAGCAUCUCAGCAGCAAGUGAUUGCUGACAAACAACAAGGUCAUGAACCUGCUUCUCCUCGAAGUCUUCAGCGUUCAAGUAGUCAGAGAAGUCCAUCUCCUGGUCCAAAUCAUACCUCCAAUACAAGUGCUUCUAAUACGACAGCACCACAGAAUGCAUCCGCACGACCUACGUGUUCAUUAACACCCACGUUAGCGGCACAUUUCAAUGAAAACCUUAUAAAGCAUGUCCAAGGGUGGCCUGCAGAUCAUGCAGAAAAGCAGGCAUCAAGAUUACGUGAAGAAGCUCAUAACAUGGGAAGUGUCCACAUGUCAGAAAUUUGUACUGAAUUAAAAAACUUAAGAUCUUUAGUCCGAGUAUGUGAAAUUCAAGCAACUUUGCGCGAGCAAAGGAUACUAUUUUUGAGACAACAAAUUAAAGAACUUGAAAAACUAAAGAAUCAGAAUUCCUUCAUGGUGUGAAAAAGUUGUGAAUAAUUGCACAUGGGUUUUGAGUACAGGAACUGUAAAACUGAUUGCCCAGUCUUAACAUUUUUGAGCUGCAUUUGAGUAGACUUUGGACCGUUGAGUUGGGCAAAAAUAAAAAUAAAAGAUAACAUGGGAAAGGGGUCAGGAGGGGUGUCAUUCAGGGGAAGGAAACGAGGAUGAUUUGUAAAACCCUUGAAAUGUAGAUUUCUUGUAGAUGUAUUCUUCACGUUGUAAAUAUGUUUUGUAGAGUGAAGCCAUGGGAAGCCAUGUGUAUCAGAGCUUAGACAUCCAAAACUAAUCAAUGCUGAGGUGGCUAAAUACCUAGCCUUUACAUGUAAACCUGUCUGCAAAAUUAGCUCUCUCUCUCUUUUUUAGUUAAUUUAUCAUUCAGAAAUCUUGCAUUUCUUAAAAUUCAAUGCAAGCGCCAGGCGAUCUGUGUCUCAAGGCUGCAACAGUAUGAAACAGUUUGGGUAAUGUACAAAAUAUCAUGAAACAACUGUUUCCACACUUGCACCGAAUCAAGAGCAGUGCUUCUCCAUUUCUGUUUUACAGAGCAGUGUUUUUCAUUUUCUGUGUUCAUUUUCCCCUUAAAAUCCUAGGUCUGAUUUUAUCAGUUUUUUAAAAAAAUUCUAAUUUCCUCCUUUCCUAAAGCACUGUUGCUAUGGCACUUUUCUAUAAUCUUUUCAUUCCUGUGUACAGUAGCUUAAAAUUGCAGUGAUUGAGCAUAACCCACUUGUUUGUAUAAAUUAUUGAAAUGUAUUUCCAUUUGCACCCUGUAAGAAUGGACUGGUAGUACUGCUGGGCAUGUGUGCUGAAAGUACAUCCCUUUUUCAAAUUAUAAGGAAACAGCCCAAUGAACAUGUCAACAUGGUUGUGGGAGGGAAAGAAGGAAAAAAAACUAGUCAGAUGUGAAUUGUAUCUGUUGUAAUAAACAUGUUUAAAACAAAGAAACACUGGUUUUCAUUUCCUUGGGUCGAAACAUUCGAAUUUGGCCUCUUUGGGGAUUUGUUUACCGAAGCUAUUCUUGUUGAAUACUUUUUUACUUAUCUGAAAAUAAGUCCUCAAGGGAGGCUUUAUUUUAAAAAUUGUAAACAGAAAAUUGUGUAUAAAAUAUUUAAUGACAUUCAACAAGGAUCAUUGACACCUCCCCAACAGUUGUCAUAUGUUAACUCCUGGUUUUACCUGUCUUGCUAUUAUGACAUUUCAUUUCGAAGGAUGUUUGUGUUGUAGCUAACUGUUCAAGUCUGGUGCUGACUGCUGUUCUUAGCCAUCACAAAACGCUGACUUUGUGUAAUUGGAGUUUCUCACUAUUUGAAAAUGGUGGGAAGGCUCAGCUUUGUAUAUUGUUUCCUAAAGUAUAUUAAAAAUAAAAAAGAAACUAUUGCUACUACAAAAUAAACUUGGGUUUUCUUUGCAAAACACUGUUAGUCAUAAUAUACUGCCACAGAUCUUUGUACAUUCCCAAACUUGCCCAUUUAGAAUUCCUGUUAAUGCUGAAAGAUGAAGGAAUUGCAAACUUUGCUAAUGUUCAUGUGUUGCUUUAAACUCCUUCAAAGGUGCUGAAAACUCAUCAAUAGGUUUGUUAGAAUCCUGGUUUUGAUACAUAUGUUUGCCUCCUGAUUUGUGAUGCUGUUGCCUUUUAUCUUCAGUAAUCUCUGCUUACAUAUUUGCUUUUGUCAUUUUAUAAGAAAUUUCCAUUGCUGUUUUCUCUUUUGAGGCCUCUGGAUAAACUAGGGACUGCCCAUUCUUGUUAGUGUCGUCUGCCAUAUGCAGGAAUCAUUUCCACCUCCUAAGUUUUAGCAUUGUAUGGUAAAGGUGGUAUACUAGCAUUACAUAGUAAGAUUACAGCAUAAGCCUAGUAUUGUGGAAAUUCAUUACGUUGAAUCAUUUGUGACACAUUGAGAGCCUGGAAAAAAAGAACUCUGCCAAAUUAUUUUGUCUGGCUAUCUGACUACUUGUCCAUUGGCAACCAGGUAAGUGACUUGUCUAAAUGCUGCUAACUUGCCUUUAUCUGCCUAUAAUAAAAGAGUUUUGUAUUGAGAAAUUGGUGAGGAAUUUUUUAAUCUGUGUAAGACCUCACUUUGCAUCUACUCAACCUCCAUGUGUUUCAAAGGAAAUGCAGUUGAACUUCCUUCCACUGGUUUCAGUAGCAGCUGGCUACACAUCCACAGGGAUUGAUGACUCUUGCUUUCUGUUACUAAUUUCACUAACCUGUCCACUUUCUCUAAACUAACUAUUUUGUAGGUGAAACAUUAUUUUAAAAAGCAAUUGACAUUUAAAAUACGCAGUACCCACCCCCAAGAUAUGCUAUAAAUUUAUCACAGUACCACACCUAACAGUGCUUUUCUCAUUGCUCGCUCAUUGCUGGUCUAACUUUGUGUUCCCUGCUAUCUUUGUAUAAUAUCCGAUACAGUGGUACCUCUACUUACGAAUGUUUCUACUUACGAACAGAGCUCCGUCCGCCAUCUUGGAUGCGGUUUCGAUAGAGGUACCACUGUACCAGGCGUUCAUGGACUAUAUGAAUCUUUGGCAUGACCCAUGAAUACUAUUCUUGUACUAAAAAGCUUCCGAGCUGCUUAUAAACCACUCAAUACUAAUUUUGAUGCACUGAAUGAGUUUCUUGAAGAAAUUAGCUUUGUCAAAUCAGGUUAAAAGUUCGCUGGAGCUUUUUAUAUAGUUGGGAGGAAAUUUAACCAAAAAAAAGCUGUAUGUGAGAGGAGUUAUAUGCAUGUCAAAGUAGUCAGCUGAGCUAAGUCUGUGUAUGCACGCUUGCUGAUUCUGUGUAAACACACAUUUGCUGUGCAAGCACUGAAUCAUCACUGACAGUAACAUUGUCCAGAUAACCUGUUUUGAAUAUGUGUGUGUGUGUUUUGCAGGGAAAGCAAGCAUUCUAGAUGUUUGUGUAGAAAACAUUGGAAAUAUCUCCCUGUCUUUCUCUUAGAUGGAGGGGAGGAGAGUCUAAUGUAGCAUUCUCUCUCAGCUGCUGUUCCUAGAGCAUGAGGGCUAUGAGGGUAGGAAAGGGAGUUGAUUUAAAGUCUAAUCAGCACAUUGGUGGUUGUUUUUUUUAGAGAAAGUUCCAAUUGCUCUUUUUCCUAGGUUCAGAACGCUCACUACUUGGCCAGGCAACAAUUAUAAUAAGCUUACCAGGUGUUCCAUAAUAAUGGUUGCAUUAGCCAAGUUGAACCAAACUGAAAUUAUAGGUGUUUGGUUUUUCAUGAGUUUGAAUUGCAUUUGUUUCAAGUUUUGUUCAAUAUAUUACUACCUGACACUGAGGUGGGUGGGGUUCCAUCCAAAUAGAAUGUCCUUUUCAGGAAUCUUACUCCCACAAGACAUAAGACUUUCCAUAUCUCACACAGAUUAAACCCAUCUCCAUUUUAUAGGCAACUGUUCCUGUCUCAGGAACAGUUUCUUCUCUAGAGCGAUUUUGGCCUUAAAUGGAAAGCCUGGACUUUGAAGUCAUCUUAUUUUGUUAUUUGUAUUAUAUUACUGUUUUUAAUUAGGUUUUGUAAUUUUGGAUUAUGCGGAAUGCUUUAUCUGAGUGGAUGUAGCAACCAAGUAAUUUCGUUGUUCCCGCAAGGGGACAAUGACAAUAAAGAUACCUUAUCUUAUCAAUUUAAAAAGGUGCACAUCCUAUAAGCUUCCUGUUGACUUCAUUGGGAUACAUGGCUUUGUUUUUCCUGCUUAAAUCCUUUGUGUUUAUCCUAUGGGCAUGAGAAAUUCAGGUAUUAAACUAGUCCUUCAAUAAACCAUACUUGCCAAAUUUCAGACAGACUUAUGGGGAGGGAUUCCCCCCUUCUAGAGGCAAUGGGAAAAAAGCAAAUUGAUAGCUACUACUCAGCUGAGCUUUCCAGCCUGUCCCCGACUUCCAACUCCAGAACCUAUUCAUGCAAUUUCAGUUUCAGUUUCUCAUUCCAAUAGAAAUUAAUGGAAAGCAAAUCAAAUAAAUGAAGUAUUGCAUUUUAUUUCGCCUUUUCAUCCUACAAAUGAAUGGGCCGCUUCUUUUUUUUGUUAGCGCGCCCUGGUCAUUGAGAGGCAAAGUCAAUUAUUUUUAGGACCUUUUGACCUGGGAGACAUUUCAAUCGUGGAAACUACUUAGCUGGCUACAGAUGGAAGUUUGGUAAAUGGUAGUGGACUGUAGGAGUAGGGAACUGAGGUCUUCCAACUUAAUUUCAUGUUGUUGAAGGGGGGGGAAGAGAAAAGUGGCAAAAAGAGAAGGGGUGCCCUGUCUGCUGCCAGCAAGUGCCUCCCAAAAUAUUACUCCCAAGAGAAUCUGGUCCUCAAUGGAAAAAGGCUCCCCACCCCUGCAGUAGACUUGUAGCCUUUGCUUGGUAGCAUAGAUUUAAAAACACAUGAAUUUAACUGGCAGUUUGGUGCUGUGCAUUCAAAGGUUGCUGAGUAAUCAACUGGCCUAUAUGAAGCAGUCAGCACUCCACACACUAGAAUGCUCCUUUUGGGUGAUCUUCCUCAUUCAAAAAGCAUGCAGGCCGCUUAGGCCAGUGAAGUACAAAGUUCAGCAAGAAACAUGAAGGAUGCCCUGAGACAUGAAAGAGCAAGGAGAGGAGGGUGCCAAAAGAUGAGCAUCUCCUCUUAGUUGUAUCCAGGGUCAUGUUGCUAGGAUACCAAGUGCCCUGCUGCCCAGUAAAGGGUUUUUUGUUCAGCUCAUGAAAACAGAAUCUCCAAUUAUUUUUAUUCUCUUCCCCUUCCCUUUGUUCCAAAGAAGAAAAAUUUUCAUACAGGUAAAAGAAGCUGAAUGUCCUGCACAGUACCUGCCCUUCUCCCAGAGUUGCUGUUUCAGGUACAUCUAUGGUGCAUGUGCCAGAAUAGCUCCCCCGCCCCGCAACCCUUGGCUACAAGGUGCGAGGCUUGAGAGUUCAGAGUGGCAGACAGCCGCCUGUCCUGGGCAGGGAAAGAGCAAAUGGAUGGUAAGACCUUGAAUGUGGAUGUGUGCUAAAGGAGAAUAAGGGAUUGCAGAGAAGGUGAAUGAAUUAUUUGCCCCAGCUUCAGAGUGGCAGAUACAGGGCAAGUCUUUGUGCUGGAACUAUUGCAGGAAGGAUGGUCUGCGGAACAGAAGCAGAUAGUAAAAGCAAAAGAUAAGUCCUGGACAGUUAUGUCCAGUCAAAGGCGACUGGGGUUUGGCAAUAAUAUCGCUUUUUUCAGACCCAGCUUUCUGGGUCAUGUGGCCAGCAGAGGAGGACCGUGAUGAGUGCCAGAGUGCACGGAAACGCAGUUUGCCUUCCCACUGCCUCUGUUCCUAUUUAAUUGCACUGGCAUGCUUUCAAACUGCUAGGUUUGCAGAAGCUGGGACAGAGCAACGGCAGCUCACUCCGUCGUGCGGCCGACCGCAGUCCCCCAAGUUCAGUGGUUUAGAUCACAGCGCCACCCGCUUCUGACAAGAGAUGACAUUCUAAGCCUGAUAGACAAAAUAAAAGCUAACAAACACCAGGUCUGGCUGGCAUCCAUCCAAACGUUGUUGGACUCAAAUGUGAAAUUGCUUAUCUAAAAUACGUAACUUGUCCCUCAGUUCUGCCUCCAUACCUGGGGACUGGAAAGCAGACAAUGUAACUCCAAUCAGGGGGAUCCUGGAAAUUACAGGCCAGUUAUCUUAAUGUCUGUCACAGAAAGACUAGUGGAAAGUUGUUAAAAGAUAAACUAACCAAGCAUAUUGAAAAACAAACCGUGCUGAAGCAGAGUUGGCAUAUCUUCUGCAAGAGCAAGUCUUAUCAGAAGCCUUUUGGAGAUGAUUCAGUUGCAUAUUUAUUAAUGAGGUCUCUGUCUAAACAACAGCAGAUUGUGUUAGUGGUUGCGCCAUCUACUGGCCGCCACAGCAAGAUAUCCCAUAAGGAUUCAAUUGUCAAUGAAUUGAGAUUCCAAAUAGAAAGAUGGACAUUCGUUUAACUACCUUUCCAGCCAUCUGUGUAGCAGAAAUGAGAUGACUGGCUUCCCUGGUCUGCACAAUGUGGUUCUCUCCAGAGGUUGGUGACUACAAAAUCCCAUCAUCCUUGACCACUGGCUAUACGCUAUGCAUGGGGCUGGUGUGAGUUGUAGUGCAGAACAGCUGGAAUGCUGAACAUUGGCUGCCGCUGGUGGAGACUCUUAGCCAGUCAGAGUGGAUGCUUGCUUCCUAUGUAUUCAAACGGGUUUACCUGUUCCCACUUAUGUUCCUGCACUGGAGGUUAGUUUGAUAAGUAAGGUGUGAUUCCUGGAUAAGACAUUAUCCCGUCCAGUCUGCGCUCUGCAAUAAUUUAUCUCCUGAUACCCAAAUGGAGGAAGAAAAUACACUGCCUCAGUCAGGUGAUGGCAGCUCUCAUCAUCAUUGCCCCACAGUUUCCCCCUGAUUUACUUUGAGAAAGUGUCAAGGGAGAGGAUCUCUUCCUCAGAGUGAAGCAUUCUGGGCACAGCAGAUUUGCUACAAUGGCUGGAAGUUCUGUUGAAAACUGGGAAGUUACUUUAAACAGAACUUCAAGCUGCUGGCCAUCUUUCCCAGAAUGCCUCACUCUACAGAAGGACCCCCUGCCCCUCUCAUAGUGAGGGUGGGAGAGGAGAGCCCACACAAGUUUGAGGCACUAUAUCAGAGCAGCAUUACAAUUUUGGUAAACCAGUAUAAUUUGCAGUGGCAUAUUAAUUAAUACAGGAAGGCCAAGAGAAAUGAAACACAAGAAGGCAUUUGUUUCAACAAUUGUGAGCAGUACAGUAAUUACUCAGGUUUUAGCAUUCCUCUAAGCCAGGGGUCAGCAACCUUUUUCAGCCGUGGGCUGGUCCACUGUCCCUCAGAC